CAUAAAGGUCUAGGCUUCCCUGGGCCGUUCAGUUGGGAUCGCUUCCUUCCCAGCUCUUACGCUCAACGCGCCCUCGCCUCUUCGCUCCACCCCAACAACACACGUCCAGCCCCUGACCAGGCCCCUGAACACCGCGAAGAUGGACAGUGACAAGGAGAUCCAAUAUGAGAACAAGGAGCUCGGGCUCGGGGGAUCGGGGUCGGAUCUGACCGCUGGCGAUCAUUUUGACUGGACGGAGGCAGAGGAGACGGCGCUCAGGCACAAGAUUGACUGGCAUAUCGUGCCUGUUGUUACCAUCCUCUACUUGCUAUGCUUCCUCGAUCGUGCAAACAUCGGGAAUGCUCGCAUCCAGGGCAUGGCGGUUGACCUUGAUCUUACUGGGCUUCGCUUCAACUGGGCCCUCUCCAUCUUCUACAUUGUCUACCUGCUCGUCGAGGUGCCCAGCAACAUCCUUCUCAAGCGCAUCGGGCCUCGUUUCUACCUUCCCCUUCUUGUCGUCGGGUUUGGCCUGGUGUCCAUGUGCAACGCCUUCGUCAACUCCUUCGCGGGCCUGCUGGUGACCCGGUCGUUCCUGGGCGUCUUUGAGGGUGGUGCCAUGCCCGGCAUGGCCUUCUUCCUCAGCUGCUUCUACAAGCGAGAGGAGCUCCUCUUCCGGGUUGGCAUCUAUGUCUCGGCCGCGUCCAUGGCUGGCGCCUUCGGUGGUCUCCUUGCGACGGCCCUCUCCCGCAUCCCCGAGUGGGGCGCCGCCAGCGCCCCGCUGCACACGUGGCGCAACAUCUUCUUCUUCGAGGGCCUCCUCACCAUCAUCGUUGGCCUCGCCGCCCCGUUCUUCCUCCCCCAGGACACGAACACGGCCAAGUUCCUCAACGAGCGGGAGCGCAGGAUCGCCACCGAGCGCCUCGUCCGCGAGCACAAGGCAUUCGCCAAGGAGCAGGUCAAGAUGGCCCACGUCAAGAAGGCCGUCUUCUGCAUCCACAACUACACUUGCGCCCUCGGCUUCUUCCUCAUCAACAUCACCGUCCAGGGCCUGUCCGUCUUCAUGCCGACCAUCCUGAAGGACCUGCAGUGGACCGCGACCAAGGCCCAGCUGCUCACCGUGCCGCCCUACGUCAUGGCCUGCCUCAUCGCCAUCGCCGUCGCCUACGCCAGCGACAAGACCAAGCGCCGCGGCAUCUACCUCGCCGUCUUCUCCGUCUUCGCCGCCACCGGAUUCGCCAUCCUGCGCUGGCAUAGCGGCGCCAACGUCCGCUACAUGGCCGUCUUCCUCGUCACCAUGGGAGCCUUCCCAGGAGGGCCCGGCUUCUUGAGCUGGGCAUUGAACAAUUCCGCCGGACCUGCCGUUCAGGCCGUCACCAGCGGUUACGUUGUUAGUCUUGGUACCAUUGGCGGUAUUGUUGCCACAUGGACCUACAUCUCCACGGAUGGCCCCAAGUACUAUACCGGCCACACCAUCAACCUCGCGGGCCAGAUUGCCGUCGUCUUGCUCAGCAUCUUCGGCAUCCUGUAUUGCGCACAUGAGAACAGGGCGCGCGCGGCGGGGAAGAGAGAUUACAGGCUGGAGGGCCUCAGCGAGGAGGAGCAGGUCCAUCUUGGGUACAGGCACCCCAACUUCCGGUACAUCACUUAGACCGGUACAUGACUUGAGAGAGCGAUUUGAGCACUGGUGGGGGUACUUUACUGUCUAGCAACACGGACGGCAGGAUCUGUAAUGGAGCGUG